GCAAUGAAUGUCAUUCACACAGUUAAACAAUGUUUUACAAUUCGUUCGUUGAAAGUAUUUCAUAAGCAGGCGUUUAGUCCAAAGUACCUGUUAAUCACGAAUUGCUGUAUAUCGGUGACAUUGUCGAGUGUGGGUGAUUUCCUUGAACAACAAUAUGAACUGUAUAGCAAAGAUAUUGAAAAAUAUAGCGUCAAACGAACGUUUCAUAUGGCAUUAUCUGGUUUGACGGUCGGUGUUGCAUGCCACUAUUGGUAUCGGUUCAUUGACACACGCAUUCCCGGUCGGAAUUUAUCCACCGUAUUGCAAAAAGUAUUUUGGGAUCAAAUUAUUUGCUCACCAAUUGUGAUAUCUACAUUCUUUAUAACGCUUGGCCUGUUGGAGCAAACGAGCAAAGAUGAGAUCAUCAAAGAGAUAAAGGAGAAGGCAUGGCGAUUAUACCUCGCAGAAUGGACAGUUUGGCCACCGGCACAGAUAAUCAAUUUCUACUUCCUUCCAAACAAAUAUCGCAUUUUGUACGACAACACGAUUUCGCUGGGCUAUGAUGUUUACACUUCAAAGGUGAAGCACGGGAAAUAAUACUAUACGAUGCAUAGUAUGCACAAGUUAUCAACUGCAACUAUUGUUACCAGUGAAUUGUGAAUGAUUUUUUUUUAAACGAAUGGACGUGUACGUGUCUGUAAAUAAUGGAUUGCUUAUGAAUUUAGAUAAAUAAAUUUUCGACUCAUUUUUAUCGCAACAAA